AUGCAGCUCCCUCUACGUAGUCGACCGACCUUACAGAAUCCUGACAGAGUGCAUAUAACGCACAGUAGUGUCGAAGCUCGGAACAUGUUCGCUUCUUGGGACAUAACGACGCGUCUAACAUUCAACAAAGAGAACAAUGCAAAUAACAUCCGUCGCGACUUACAGCAAGCAGCGCAUCUCAGGGAUCCGGAGAACAUCAGGUCACCAUCGCCAGUCACUUCAGAACUCACCAUCCAGCUGGAGGAAUGGGAGAAGAUUCGUACAAACCCAAUUCGUUUUGACUCCUUGAAGCACCUGAUUCCGGAUUUCAUCCUGGAAUGGAUGGAGAGUCGGAAGAUUCAGGUCAAAGAUAAGAGGGAGAGAGAGGAGGAUACUAGCAGAGAAGCUGAGGAGGAGAAGAAGAAGAAGAGAAGAUUGGCUGAACCUUUGGUCCCCGUGGUGAAGAAUCCGCUCGUUCCUUUCCAAGCAAGUUUCCACGAUGCAUUAUACGAAAUCGCACACGUCUCCCCAAUCCCUCUCCCUUUCUUCAGUAACAACGCUCUACAGUUCAUUUCCGCCCGCGCCCACUCACUUCCGCAUAAAAAAUUCAAGUCAAAUGAUCCCAGGAAGAGUGGUUAUUUCAUCGACAUCGAAGCUCUGAAGAAAAUGCUCAGGAUCAAAUACGCAGACAAUGAUCAACUGGAAGGCCUCGACUACAUUCUUUUCGUCGAGUGUGUCAACAACUACAUGAGAUUCGAGACGAGUCGCGACCCAGCAGGUCCAGCUGGUUUUAUCCAGAGUGUGUAUGACUCGGAAUGGACUAAGGUAGAGAGUCAAGUUGAGUUUGAGGAUACUAUGGCAAAAGCUCGCGGCGGGUCAUUGUGGUAUUCCUACCCAUUCCAAUCCAACACGACCUCAGACACAUCUCCUCCAUACCAGGGUUCUCCGAUCGGGGAUAUGCCACCACUGUCGGAAAACACCAUCACACCUGACCACACCAGUGUCACUAAUACCCAGGUAGUGAAUCAAGAUAUUGCCGAAUAA